AUGCUGCGGGCGGUGGCAUGGAGCUCGGCGGCCGUGCUGGGAGUGCUGGUGGUGGCCCUGUUCCUCCUGCUUCUGACUUUGGCGAAGGACGCUGCCCUUCCUGCGAGGAACAAAUAUGGGCUGGUGUUUGAUGCUGGCUCCACACACAGCUCUCUCUACAUCUACUGCUGGCCUGGGGGCAAGGAGAACGGCACCGGCGUCGUGUCCCAGCUGGAGGUCUGCCGCGUGGAGGGACCUGGCAUCUCCAGCUAUGCAGACAACCCUGCUGGGGCUGGAGCCAGCCUGAAGCCCUGUCUGGACAAGGCCAUGGAGAUUGUUCCUGCUGAGCAGCAGCAGGAGACCCCAACCUACCUGGGGGCCACAGCAGGCAUGCGGCUGCUGAGGGAGCAGAACAGCACCAAGGCUGAGCAGGUGCUGGCUGAGGUUGCCAAGGCCAUCGGGCAGUACCCUGUGGACUUCCGUGGGGCUCGGAUCCUGACGGGGAACGAGGAGGGCUCCUUUGGCUGGGUCACUGUCAACUACCUGCUGGAGACUCUCCUCAAGUUCUCCUUCACAGGCACAUGGAUCCACCCUCCAGCAGAGGAUGUGGUGGGAGCCCUGGACCUCGGUGGGGCUUCAGCCCAGAUCACCUUCCUGCCUGGGACCACCAUAAGUGACAGCAGCACGAGAGCCCUGCUCAGGCUGUAUGGGACCAACUACUCCAUUUACACACACAGCUACCUCUGCUAUGGGCAGAAGCAAGCUCUGAAGAUGCUGAUGGCCUCCCUGCACCAGGGCAACUCAUCAUCCCCCCACAUAUCACACCCCUGCUACCCCAGGGGCUACCAGGAGAACAUCACCGUGGCAGAGCUCUACGACAGUCCCUGUGUGCAGGCACCAAGCACCCCCAGCCCUGCAGAGAGCCUGAGUGUGACAGGGGCAGGGGAGCCAGCAGCCUGCAGUGCUGCCAUCAAGGAGCUCUUCAACUUCAGCUGUGGGGCCAACGAGAGCUGUGGCUUCAACGGGGUCUAUCAGCCCCCCCUGCAGGGAGAGUUCUUCGCCUUUUCAGGGCUUUAUCACAGCCUGCACGUGCUGAACCUGACUGGAGGGCAGCCCCUGAGCUUGGUCAAUGCCACCGUCAGGCAACUCUGCAACAGCAGCUGGCAGAAGGUGCAGAAGCAGUUCCCCUCCAUGAGCAGCAGCCAGCUCCGUGAUGCCUGUGCAGCCAGCUCCUACACCCUUGCCCUUCUCCUGCAUGGCUACAGGUUUGACAGCAAGACAUGGCCCCACAUCCACUUCGUGCAGCAGGCUGGUAACACAGAUGUGGGCUGGACUCUAGGCUACAUGCUCAACCUCACCAACAUGAUCCCCUCAGAGGCUCCCCAGACAGUUGUGGGGCUCCAGAGAAGCAACUGGAUAGCAGCCACUGUGUUGCUGGCUGUCAUGCUCAUCCUCAUCCUCUGCCUGCUCACAGCCAUGUGCUGCCACAGAGGCUCCUCUGGCUAUGAGAGACUCUAG